GGCAGAUUUUCAGGGAGACAGAUCAUAGUGCGGGUGACGGGGAGACUGGUCGGGUGUUGCUGUCUGUUGAUACGGUUCGAAGCUAAUGUACAACUUAUUAACAGUGACUGCGGUAAUUUCGCCUCAAAUUAACAUAAUAGAUUUUUCUCUAAGUACAAGCUGGUGAUUGUUAACUCUCUUCUCUGUGUAGUGUUGACUGUUAACAUACUAAUACAGUACUGUUAUGGUUGUGUGAAAAAUCAAGACGUACCCGUAGACCAUAUACCAUAUCCGAGAGCUUAACGAAAGAAAUUUUUAAGCAUUAAUACCGAGGGAGAGAUCUUGCCUCAAAAGACAUGGCCAGUGUAAUUAAAAUGAUCAACAGCUUCAAGAGCAACCACUUACACGGCGGGAAGCGCUCGCCUGCCCAUACCUCCAAGGACACCACCCUGAGGGAGGACCUGCCUGAAGGCUGCCCCAACAGCGACCUCGUGAACCGACGGAGGGUGUCCAUCUCCAAGAGCGGCCGUUAUAGGGAGAACCACAAGAGACGAAGUGCCCUGCCCGACGACACCAGGAGUAGCGACUCAGACACCCCAGCCAGCCCUACCGAACCUGUUGACACCCAGAAUGUUCUACUGAGAGAUAAGGACAAGAAGAACAAGGAGAAUGAGAAGAACAAGAUGAACGCCACCCGCCGUGAGAGCGACAUCAGCCUCACUGAUGGUCACGCCGUAGCUGAUGAGAUCGAGUCCCUGGCCAAGACUAUAGAAAAUGGAACUAAGGCGGAUUUAGCUCUAACUUAGAUAUUCUUUGGAAGUUACAUUGGAUGUUUGUGAUAUCUAGUUUUUAGGUAUAAUUUGUGACCCAGUGAUUGUCACUCGAUAUCAUGUUAAGGUUUAAUAUUUCUAUAACUCUGUAUAACACUUACUAGGGUUUACACGGUAACCCACCUCACUCUUAUGUCACCUGCUUCAAGUUCUCAAAGAUCCGUAUUUUGAUAUUUUCCAAAAUGAGGGAAAGAGAACGUUUCUAGUUGCAGUUGCGUCUUAUUGUAACUGGAACGUCAUUUAGGAGAUGGUAUAUUUCCCGUAGUUCAAUUGAGUUAGUCAUGUGUGUGUUCCCAUACCCUGUAAUAUCUCCACGCAAGAGAAACUGUCACGUACGAUUUCUGAUCUUUGAGAAUCCGAGCCGUGAUUACACCAUAGUUGCUCCAACCUUGUUACGUUAGUGUGAACGUGUGGCGUUAUCGUGCCUCGUUUGUUAUCGUAUGAGAUAAGAAGCUUUUAACCCAUAUGUCUCAAGAAUGGAUAUGUGUUAAGACUAGGCUGAACGUCGUAAUGUUUGUUUAUUUAUUUUUUUUAGACAAGUUAAAUGUCACCUCGGUGUUUCCAGGUACAGUACUCGCAUCCGGAGAAAGACUAAAUUCCCGAUAGAGGCGGUUAGCAGAAGAAAUAACUUAUGGAAUUCCUUCAUAUAUUUCGCAGGUGUUGUUUGGAUGAUAGUGUAAUAAAAACAAUACAACGGCUUUUUCCUUUAAUUUUUUGUUUCGUUUUUCUCUAUAUUCUUUUAUUAAUCGCCUACAGUGGACAGGGCAUGAAAGAAGCGGGAAAUGUCGUGAUAAAACACGGCGAAAACUUACCAUAUAUAUAUACAGUAUAUAUAUAUAUAUAUACAUACAUACACACACACACACACACACACACACACACACA